AUGGAGAAUAGUCUUGGAUGUGUUUGGGUACCCAAGCUGGCUUUUGUACUCUUCGGAGCUUCCCUGCUCAGCGCGCAUCUUCAAGUCACCGGUUUCCAAAUUAAAUCUUUCACAUCCCUGCGCUUCCUAUCAGAACCUGCCGAUGCUGUCACCAUGAGGGGAGGAAAUGUCCUCCUGAACUGCUCCGCAGAGUCCGAUGGAGGAGUCCCCAUUAUCAAGUGGAAGAAAGAUGGCAUCCACCUAGCCUUGGGAAUGGAUGACAGGAAGCAGCAGCUUCCCAAUGGGUCUCUGUUGAUACAGAACAUACUUCAUUCCAGACACCACAAGCCCGAUGAGGGACUUUACCAAUGUGAGGCGUCUUUGGGAGAGACUGGGUCAAUUAUUAGUCGGAUAGCAAAAGUUGCAGUAGCGGGACCGCUGAGAUUCCUUUCCCAGACAGAAUCUGUCACUGCGUUCAUGGGAGACACAGUGCUYCUCAAGUGUGAAGUCAUUGGGGACCCCAUGCCAACCAUACACUGGCAGAAAAAUCAACAAGACCUCACUCCAAUGCCGGGAGACUCCAGGGUGGUGGUCUUGCCCUCUGGAGCAUUGCAAAUCAGCAGACUUCAACCAGGGGACAUUGGAAUCUAUCGAUGCACAGCCCGGAAUCCAGCCAGCUCAAGAACAGGAAAUGAAGCAGAAGUCAGGAUUUUAUCAGAUCCAGGACUGCAUAGGCAGCUGUAUUUUCUGCAAAGACCAUCCAACGUGGUGGCCAUUGAAGGAAGGGAUGCUGUCCUGGAGUGCUGUGUUUCUGGCUACCCUCCGCCCAGUUUCACCUGGUUACGGGGCCAGGAAGUCAUCCAACUCAGGUCUAAAAAGUAUUCUUUAUUGGGUGGAAGCAACUUGCUUAUCUCCAAUGUGACAGAUGACGACAGUGGAACGUACACCUGUGUUGUCACAUAUAAAAAUGAGAACAUUAGUGCCUCUGCAGAGCUCACAGUCUUGGUUCCGCCAUGGUUUUUAAAUCACCCUUCCAACCUCUAUGCCUAUGAAAGCAUGGAUAUUGAGUUUGAAUGCRCAGUCUCUGGAAAGCCUGUGCCCACUGUGAAUUGGAUGAAGAAUGGAGAUGUGGUCAUACCUAGUGAUUAUUUUCAGAUAGUGGGAGAAAGCAACCUACGGAUUCUUGGUGUGGUGAAGUCAGAUGAAGGCUUUUAUCAAUGUGUGGCUGAAAACGAGGCUGGCAAUGCCCAAACCAGUGCGCAGCUCAUUGUCCCUAAGCCUGCCAUGCCAAGCUCCAGCGUCCUCCCGUCUGCUCCCAGGGACGUCGUUCCUGUCUUGGUCUCCAGUCGCUUUGUCCGUCUCAGCUGGCGUCCACCUGCUGAAGCAAAAGGAAACAUUCAGACCUUCACUGUCUUCUUCUCCAGAGAGGGUGACAACAGGGAACGAGCAUUGAAUACGACCCAGCCUGGGUCCCUUCAGCUUACCGUGGGAAACCUGAAGCCAGAAGCCAUGUACACCUUCCGAGUUGUUGCCUACAAUGAGUGGGGGCCAGGGGAGAGUUCUCAACCCAUCAAGGUGGCCACUCAGCCUGAGUUGCAAGUUCCAGGGCCAGUAGAAAACCUGCAAGCUGUAUCUACCUCACCUACCUCAAUUCUUAUUACCUGGGAACCUCCUGCCUAUGCAAAUGGUCCAGUCCAAGGUUACAGAUUAUUCUGCACUGAAGUGUCCACAGGGAAAGAACAGAAUAUAGAAGUCGAUGGGCUAUCUUAUAAACUGGAAGGCCUGAAAAAAUUCACGGAAUAUACUCUUCGAUUCUUAGCUUAUAAUCGCUAUGGACCAGGAGUAUCUACUGAGGAUAUCACAGUGGUUACACUUUCAGAUGUGCCAAGUGCCCCACCUCAGAAUGUCUCCCUGGAAGUGGUCAACUCAAGGAUACUACCCAAAGAAACCGGGUUGUCUGUUGGUUAUGCAAAAGGAGUUGAAUUCACUUUCCUCUCUGUUGCAUCUCAACCAUCUGGAAACAUGCUUUUUACAAAGGUCUUCUGGGUCUCUUUCACUAGUCUCAACAUGCGUCCUGUGAGUGCUGGUCUCUGUUAUGUUGGACAGAG